CUAUCCUGAGUUAUUUUAUUCAAAUCCAACACUCAAGAGUUCUCACAUUUCCCAAUAAAGAACUGAUCGCGGCAAGAAAGAACAUCUCAUCUGCUGCUCUACAAAGAACUCCAAAGAUUUCUCAUUUUGAUGAAACUCAUGGAUGCAGCACAGUGGCAGAUAACUGGAAUUGCCUCUCUGGGAUACAAUUGAAAUGACAAGUACUCAAUUUGAUUGUCAAUAUUGCACAGCAUCCCUUCUUGGGAAGAAGUAUGUACUCAAGGAUGAUAAUCUAUACUGCAUCUCCUGCUACGAUCGUAUCUUUUCUAACUAUUGUGAGCAGUGUAAAGAACCAAUCGAAUCAGAUUCUAAGGAUCUUUGUUACAAAAACCGUCACUGGCAUGAAGGAUGCUUCAGGUGCAACAAAUGCCAUCACUCUUUGGUGGAAAAGCCUUUUGUUGCCAAGGAUGAGCGCCUGCUGUGCACAGACUGCUAUUCCAAUGAGUGUUCCUCCAAGUGCUUCCACUGCAAGAGAACCAUCAUGCCAGGUUCUCGGAAAAUGGAAUUUAAGGGCAAUUACUGGCAUGAAACCUGCUUUGUGUGUGAGCACUGCCGACAGCCAAUAGGAACCAAGCCUUUGAUCUCGAAAGAGAGUGGCAAUUAUUGUGUGCCCUGUUUUGAGAAGGAGUUUGCUCAUUACUGCAACUUCUGUAAGAAGGUGAUAACUUCUGGUGGGAUAACCUUCCGUGACCAGAUAUGGCAUAAAGAGUGCUUUCUGUGCAGCGGCUGCAGGAAAGAGCUUUAUGAGGAGGCAUUUAUGUCAAAGGAUGAUUUCCCAUUCUGCCUGGAUUGCUAUAACCAUCUCUAUGCUAAAAAGUGUGCAGCCUGCACCAAACCCAUCACUGCAACUUUUGAUUAUGAAAGAAAGCGAUAUAGUAUUCUACUAAAGAAGCAAAGUACACGAAACAUGGCUUGA